AUGUUCGGCGUGUCUACAAGUGAGGUUAAGGCAGGUUCCGAAUCUAUUGUCGCCCCUAAUACUAAUCGUGGCUAUGAAGGAAUUCUUGCUGCUUGUCUUGCCGAAUAUAGACGUUCGGUUUCCACCUGGCAGCUCUCAAUGCCCUCAAAUGUUCCAAGCUCAUCCACACCCUCCUCCGCUGACAACAUCGCUACAAUGACUCCCUUCUCUUCAUCUGACUAUCCUUUGAAACAUACUUGCCCCGAACCUCCCUUGGCCAUCGAGAUGACAUCUCAGGUCUCAACCUCCACAGUUCUACCAGAUCAUUCAAAGCCUAGUUCCAUAAAGUUUCUUGACCAGAUGCCCUCUAAUGGCUGCGAUCUUGAGUCAUCAGCAUAUGAGUUGAUCGGCCGAUCGAUUGGGACGAAGAACAAUCAUCGUUUGGAGACUGCAGAUUAUGCGGAAGAUGUCGAGACAGACUCUUUGUCAACACAUUGUCAAGGGGGGAUUAAGCGGAAAACAUCAUUUAUCCAACCAGUCCGAAACUGCUUAGAACACAUUGCGACUACCCUAUCGACACCAGACAACUUGGCAAAGAUCAAUGCUUGGCGAAUGGACAGCGAAUCCUGCCGAGUUAUACACGCAUCUCCAGACUCUGAUUUGGACUUGGACUUAGUAUCUGAAUCGAGCCAGCUGGCUGACGCCCAACGGCCGUUAUCCUCUAGGUCCCCAUCACGUUUAGCAGAAUCAAAACCACCUGUGCUCUCAGCCUCCUCCUUAUCUUCCUUGAGUGUCCACUCGUUGGCUCAAUUAAAUCAGGAUCAGUACCGAUUGUUGCGGGCCCGAGAACUGCUACAGGACGAUACUCGACUCUGGGUUGCUUUGAAUGCCGCUCUCUCAUCUCCUCUCAUCCAGCCAAGAUUCAUGAGUCGGCGACGGAUAGUCGAUCACCUCAUUGUAGGCUCUCUGCAUCAUCUUGUCUCUAGGUGUUAUUUACCUUUUACACAUAGGAACUCGCAAGCACAAUCGUUAGUUUGA